UUAUGACAUCACAUACGGUUUUCUAGAGACUGCAUAUAUGUAGUUUCAUUUGUUUAUUUUGACGCUUGACUAACGUUACUAGCUAGCGAUACAUGUAGUUAGCCAGCUAUUUAGCUAGCAUUCAUGAUAACGGUAGCUAACUAGCAUCCAUAGCAAUCCAAAUUAAGCCGAAGACAGUAGCUAGCAAGCUUCAUCUUUCUCUUUCAGGCAGCUCCCUGUGCACCACAUAUUGUCAUUCUCUGCCAAUGGGCUGACUGCUGGUUGCUGAGAUGUUGCUGAAAGACAUUCCCCAGGAGGUGUUGAUGCGCCCUCUUUCCCGAAAUGAAGUAGUGGGAAUGAUCGUGAGACUGACAAUCUUUGGAGCUGCCACCUACUACGGCAUCAAAUGGGUGGUGGAGGCAAUGGACCCUACACAUAAACAGAAGAUCCAGGCCAAGAAAAGGGCAGAGCAGCUGAUGAAGCAGAUUGGAGUGGAGGGUGUCAAACUCACUGAAUAUGAGAUGAACAUUGCUUCUCACCUGGUAGAUCCACGCAGCAUGAGGGUGUCCUGGAGGGAUAUUGCAGGGCUUGAUGAGGUCAUUUAUGAGCUGCAGGACACUGUUAUCCUUCCCUUCCAGAAGAGACACCUACUGGCUGGAUCCAAACUCUUUCAGCCUCCCAAAGGGGUGUUGUUGUAUGGGCCUCCUGGGUGUGGGAAGACUCUUAUUGCCAAGGCAACCGCCAAAGCCUCAGGAUGCCAGUUCAUCAACCUGCAGCCCUCCACUCUGACGGACAAGUGGUACGGCGAAUCACAGAAGCUCACCGCUGCGGUCUUCUCGUUGGCUGUCAAGAUCCAGCCAUGUAUCAUUUUCAUAGAUGAAAUUGACUCCUUCCUGAGGAAUCGCUCCAGUCUGGACCAUGAGGCCACAGCCAUGAUGAAGGCCCAGUUUAUGAGCUUGUGGGACGGGCUGGAGACUGGGGCAAGCAGCCAGGUGAUGGUGAUGGGGGCCACCAAUAGACCACAGGAUCUGGACCCAGCCAUACUGCGCAGAAUGCCCACCACCUUUCACGUGGGCCUACCAACUACAAGACAGAGGACAGAGAUACUGAAGUUGAUCCUGGCAGGAGAAAAUCUAAGCAAUGCCAUUAAUCUGAAGGAGAUAGCAGAGAAGUCGGAGGGUUCAUCAGGCAGUGACCUCAGGGAGCUGUGUCGCGAUGCUGCCAUGUACCGUGUUAGAGACUACGUCCGCAAGCAGCAGAUGAAACAGAUAGCCCAGCAGAUGCAGGAGGAGGACGAGGAAGACAAAGCAGGGGUGGAGGAGCGUCUGCGGCCCAUCACCCAGCUGGACCUGCUGUUCGGCCUGGACAAGAUGAAGGAGUCCAAAAAGGCCACCAUGCCCCAGGAACUCAUACCCCGAGAGGUGCCUCUGGACUAAACCUUUCUUUCAGACACCCUUUACAAAUGCAUUGUUACUGACCAGUGGCCGACCCAAGUGUUUAUCCCCCCCAUACACACACACGUCUCCCAGUCCUAGCACAGUGGUCCAAAGCAGUCUGAGAGAGAUGUCCCUGGACCACAAUCUCUCUGUACCCCUUCUCUUAUCCCACACCAAUACCCUUCAGUGUCCAGUUAAUUCCUGUCUGUCCACUGUUACAGAUUGUAUUGACCAACUAAUUCCAACCUCCCACACAGUGUCCCAGAACAUUCCCAUUGCCCGGAGUCAUCAUAAAAUACUAGAGCCUUAGAAAACGGCCUUUGUACAUAUAGCUGGGAAGCAGGGCUGUCCACUGUAACGCUGUUGAACAGACAGCACAGGGUGAGAGGGACCGGACAGAGUCUGUCUCUAAGAACUCUGUCAUCAAUGUUGUUAUUAUUUAUUUGUGUCACACAUCUUAUGAGAAAAUGUGAAUCAAUAUUGGUUUUUAAUCAUGCUUUAAAAAAGUACUGAAUAAGGAAUAUUACUGUAUUUGCACUGUCAAUGUUCUUUUGGGCAAGCACUAAACCGUCCCAAGUGUCUAGUUGUCUGCAUGUCUAAGUAAUAGAAUGAGAAACAUUAGGUACACAAUAGUACACAUGUUACAGUUAACAAAGACCAAGAGUCCCUGGGAGUUGAAUCAGUUGGUAAAUCUGAUAUUCUGAAUCUACUUUUUAUUGAAUGUUCAUCACUGUAUUUAAUACUGUACGUCUCCAAAUGUUGGAUUGAAACUACAUUAUUAAUCUUUACUGACGUAGGUAGCUGCCUCAUGUCUUCUUUUGUUUUAUGUCACAGUAAUAUGCCCUUCAUUGGUCUGCUGUCUUACAAUCUAAUGUUAUUGAAAUCAUUUCAUGCUUUAUAUAAUGUGAAAAAGCAGCUGUGCUUUUGCCAGUUCCAUAAUCAACAACCUUCAAACAUGGGUACAUGGGUAUUGACCAGCACAGCAGUCUGUCUCAAAAUGUCAAUCAUUCCAGUCUGUCUCCAUGGAAACUAGACAGAGUUCUACAGUUAGGCCUUGGUCUCUAGUGUGACCCAUUGUCUGCUGUUUUCUGUUCUGUCUUUCAAACAAGAAUCUGAUUUUGACCUGGGAAACCAGGUUUGUGCACUUUGUGAGAAAUCAAUUUCCUGGAAAAAGAAAACAGACCUUCUCAGGUCCCUUACUCUCGGAGGACCAUUGUUGUCCAACUACAGUCUGGUAGAAUUGGACUGUAGUCAGGCACACAGUUCCAUUAUUUUAUUUUGGACUACGCAGAUUGUUCCUUUUGUCAGAAUAUUACAACAUGCAACUCUGGAAUGGGCUUUUCUCAGUCUUGCUCAUUAGACCUCUACUUAACUUACUCUCGGUAAUAUGAAUAGGGAGGAGUUUCCUCUGAAGAGUGACCACAGGCGGGUGCUGUGGCUCCGCUACUCUCAGGUCGGCAGUAUGAGUGGCAGGUCUGGGUGUUGAGUCGGACUAUUCCCCCAGACAAAACACCCUACAGUACCUUUUGUACUUAACUGUGAGGAUACACAUUAUACAUGGGUCUACAAGUUCUAUGUGGCUCACUGAAUACCCCCCCCCGCCCCCCAUUGUGUGGAACUGGGCAGAUCCAGCUGUUUAGAAAUGCUUAAGCAGUCCCACUCCUGUGUAUUUAUUUCCCACUGGUUUUCGCUUUCUUUCCCUCUGCAUAACCUGGUUUUGCUUUUUGAUGAUGAUCCUCACUAUGUAUAAGCCACGGAUGGCUGGAUGCUGUCCAACGUUGCCCCACUAUCCCUUCACUAUUCACCCACUAUCCCACUAUUAUUUCCCUUAAUUCACCUAAUCUGUGGUGCAUCAUUGUCUCUAGAGCAUAUCUUUGAUUUAACUCCUCUGCUUCAUACCAGGCUUUCAAAAAAUGGCCUAGCUUGCAUAGCACUUGUGACAGUCAUGUUUGCAUGCGUUUUCUGUAGGCGCUAACAAUAACCAUAGGCUAGGUCAAUAGAGGACUGCUGGACCUCUACAAAGCCUGCUAAUCUCGUGGGCCCAUUUGGGAAUGGAAAAGAUUUGCCUGGAUUUGGUCAGAUAAACCUGAGUCUAUUUUUAAAAGCAAAGGACAGCCCUUACAAAACAAAAUGUUUUGGCUGACUUGAUUUCCCUGAGGGUAGAGGGUGCUACCAAAGAUGUUAUUGCCAAAGCGUGGAUAAAUUGAUGCUGGCAGUUGAAAGAUUUUUACAUUUCUAACACAUCUUGUGAUACUGUUGAUGUGUAUGUGUGCCAUCUGGUUUUUGACUCCCAACUAACCCAAUUAAUCUUCAUAAGAAGCAUUCAAAUGUGGGUCAAAAAGCAAAGCAAGGCUUCCAUGUUCCCUCCCAGUUCUUGUCAAUUAUAGAACUUUAUCCAUCUCUUGGUAAACAACAUGAGUCUCAAUGGAAAACUUUCAGUUCCAUUUGAACAUGAAUGACUGUAGAUCAGAGAGGCCUGCUGAGAGGGAUGUCUCUCAGUCAGGCUGUCGGUGGCUUUUAUCACACAACCACUUCUUGUCUCAGACUUCAACAUUGUUCGGUAUCAGCUCUGAGUGGAGACUUUGAAAAGGAUCCAUACAGAUACACCAGCCUGUGCUCCUCAUGCUGAGAAAGCAGUAUCAGAACAACAUUGUCUUGUCGACCUUAAAGGUCCAGUGCAGUCAAAAACAAGAUUUCCAUAGUUUUAUAUUUCCAUAUUAUGAGGUUGGAAUAAUACUGUGAAAUUGGGAAGUUAUGAUAAUGUAAGAGCCGUUUGAAAAGACUGUUUGAAAUUUCAGCGUGUUUCAUUGGGAUGGAAUGUUUCCCUGCCUGGUGACAUCACCAGGCGGUAAAUUAGUUAACAGACCAAUAAGAGAGUUCCAAACCUCUCUGCUAAUAACAGUUACUUUUCAGUUUUCACAUCCCAAAUCAGACCAUCCCCAGACAGUCCUAGCAAAAUUCGUGCUUGAGAAAUUGUUCUUUGCUAAGAAGCAUUUUUUUGUGUUUAUUUUUGACUGUUUUCAAUGAAAACAAUCACAGUAUGGUACUUAAUUGUUACCCAGAAAUGAUUUGAUAUCGAGAUAAAAACAGCUGUAUUGGACCUUUUAACCUUUUUCCAUUUUAGCUCUGAGAGGAGACAGUGGAAACGAUCCAUACUUUACCACCAGAUAUACUCCGCAUCCACUUCCAUACCGUGACACUCUGUUCUCUCACGGCAUGCCGCCGACUUGAUCGACCUGAGCCUUGAGUAAUCAGCGUCAGCUGUGGUUCUCGCCACAAUUCUCAGUAGGAUAUCCUGUUGGUUUAUCGACUUUGGAAUUGUUAAUGGAGCACAUGUUUUGUUUACUCACUAUCCCGCUGAGUCAUGACGGGUCAGUGGGAGUCCUCCAGUAGGGACCACUUUCAUCAUCAUGUAUGUGUUUUAUUAGAAGGAAAGUAUCAUGGAGUGCUCCAGAGUGGCGCAGCGGUCUAAGGCACUGCAUCUCAGCGCUAGAGGUGUCACUACAGACCCUGGUUCAAUCCCGGGCUGUAUCACAACCGGCCGUGAUCGGGAGUCCUAUAGGGCAGCACACAAUUGGCCCGGCGUCGUUAGGGGAGGCUGGGGUAAGCCGUCAUUGUAAAAUAAGAAUUUGUUUUAAACUCACUUGCCUAGUUAAAUAAAGGUAAAAAAUCCAGCAACAUGGAGAAAGGGAGCCACACACACCUACUUGAUUAAUAGCAGCAUAUGAAAACGGUCACAAUUAAUUUGUAUUUGUGUCAGAGGACCCCAAUAGAAGACAAAUACUACCUGUAAAGCAGCAUCUAAAGUGAUGAAUAGACAAUAAAAACAUCAACACAAAUCAA